CUGCGCAACUGCAUCGUGCUCGUCGGCCCGAGCGGCGUCGGCAAGACGGCCGCCGCCUACGCAUGCGCCGCUGAGCUCGGCUUCGAGGUCUUCGAGCUGUAUCCCGGCAUGAAGCGCCGCAGCGGAAAGGAUGUCGAGAGCGCUGUCGGCGCACUGGGCAAGAACCACAUGGUCGGCGCGGGCGGCAGUGGUGGUGGAGCAGGCAGUGGCCGGCCGGCGCAUGCGCUGGCUGCGCUCAUGCGAGGUGCUGCUGCGACAGAGUCGGCCUCAUGCGAGCAGACGAAGGUCGCAGCUGCAAAGCAGGCGCAGGCACGCCAGAGCCUCAUUCUUCUCGAGGAGGUCGACGUGCUGUACGAAGAGGACAAGGGCUUCUGGUCGGCCGUCAUUGAGCUGGCGGCCGACUCUCGGCGUCCACUGGUCCUGACGUGCAACGACCUGUCCCUGCUUCCGCUCUCCGAACUGCCUAUUCAGACGGUGCUCUACUUCUCAGCACCCCCGCCGGAGCUCGCAGUGCCCUACCUGCAGCUAAUCGCGCUUGCCGAGGGCCACAUGCUCGACGUCGAC